AUUGCCAGUGUCAUUGACAGUUAUGCUGCCACACUGACCAGGCGGGCAGAUCGAGAUGUGUUCUUUAUGACAUGCCAGGGCAUCGUACAUUUGGUUCAGCGCUACAGGAAUGGGAUCAGAGGCCACAUGAAGUCAGUGGUGCAGGAGCUGUUGAGGCACUACCUCAGAGUGGAGCUUCAGUUUCAGCAGGGUUCCUAUGACAAAUGUGUUUGUUCCAUCCGAGAGAAGAACAAGGAUGACAUGCUGGCUGUAGUCCAGACAAUUUUCUCUCAUGUAGCUGUGCAGCAGAAGAAUAACUUGGUUAUUAUGCUUAUAGAUUUCUUGUGUGACAAGGAACCGGGUCUGACAGAUGAAAUGGCAUCGAUCCUCUCAGAGCUGACACAACUGAACAAGACAGAAAACUCCAAAGUUGCACUGAGGGCGCGGCAGCACAGACACAACCAGAUUGAGUCCAUCUUUUUGUCUGCCAUAGACAUGUCUGGCCAUGACUUCUGUCCAGAAAAUCUUCAGAAAUUGAUAAAUUCAGAGACAGCGAUCUAUGAUGUUCUGCAAGAAUUUUUCUACCAUUCAAAUGAGGCUGUGAGAAGGGCUGCCCUGGAGGUGUACAUUCGACGAGCCUACAUAGCUUAUGAAAUGAACUGCAUGCAGCACAGCCAGCUUGAUGAUGGGAGGUGUGUUGUUGACUUCAAAUUUCUCUUGCCACGAUCUCAUCCAAACAGGAUGAUGGUGACUCGGUUUGACUCAGGCCUGCUUAGACUGAACAGCAUGGACAAGGAUUCUGGCUCAGAUUCUGACCAGUGGGAUGAACCACCAAUAUGCCAGCGGAUGGGCAUCAUGGUAGCGUUUCCUAACAUGGCAGAGCUUGAGAAAUAUUUUUACGCCAUUCUGGAAAGAUUCCACUCCCUGACACCUCCAGGCAGUCCUUUGAUCUCUGACGUGGAUGAUGACAGUGCAUCUAUGCAUUCUGGUUCUAAUGUGUCUGAAUACACUUCGGAUGACCCUACUCAUAUUAUCAACAUUGCCAUCAAACAACUGGAUACAAAUGAUGAUGAUCGCCUGGCCAGCUUGUUCCAGGACUUUUGCCGUUCAAGGGCCAAAGCUUUGAAUGAGCGAGGAAUCAGAAGAGUGACUUUUGUUGUCUCCAACAGCAGAGCUAUUCCUAAAUAUUUCACCUACAGGGCAAAGUUUGAAUUCUGUGAAGAUCGUAUCUACCGGCAUCUGGAGCCUGCUCUGGCAUUCCAGCUAGAGAUCAAUCGGCUGAGGAAUUUUGAUCUGGAGGCAAUUCCAACGGCAAACCUGAAAAUGCACUUGUAUUUGGGGAAAGCUAAGGUGGCAAAAGGACAAGAGGUGACGGACUAUCGCUUCUUUGUUCGGUGCAUCAUUCGACACUCUGAUCUUGUCACUAAGGAGGCAUCCUUUGAGUAUUUGGAAAACGAAGGAGAGCGAACACUUUUGGAGGCUAUGGAUUCGCUAGAAGUAGCUUUCUCUCAUCAGAGUUCAAAGAAAACAGACUGCAAUCACAUCUUUCUGAACUUUGUGCCAACGUUGACUUUGUCAGAGCCUGGCAAGUGUUGGGACAGGGUGUUACUUAUUUGUUCUUUACUUUCAGAAUGGCAUGCACUUAUGAAGUAUUUUGUCAACCAAAUUGGUGGAACUAGUUUCCCCAUCAGAGUGUUCAUCACCAACGAAAGUGGGUACUAUCUGGACAUCAGUUUAUACAGAGAGGUCACUGACCCCAGAACUGGCCAGAUCAUGUUUGAGGCAUAUGGAGAGAAGCAGGGCCCUCUGCAUGGCCUGUUGAUCAGCACCCCUUACUUGACCAAGGAUCAUCUGCAGCUGAAGAGGUACCAAGCCCAAUCAUCAGGGACUACCUAUGUGUACGACUUCCCAGAGAUGUUCAGACAGGCUCUAAUGAAAAUGUGGGAGUCACACUGGAAAGAGAUAUCCUCAGAAACAAAACAGAUGCCUCCUGAUAUUGUUUGCUGCACGGAACUGGUUCUAGACAGCCACAACCACCUGUGCACCAUGAACAGAUUGCCAGGAGAAAAUGAAAUUGGAAUGGUUGCUUGGAAAGUCACCUUCAAGACUCCAGAGUUUCCUGCUGGCAGAGAUAUCAUUCUCAUCGCAAAUGACAUGACCUUCAAGAUCGGUUCUUUUGGGCCAGCAGAGGACAUGCUUUUCAAGAAAGCGUCAGAGCUGUCCAGGAAAUUGGGUAUCCCUAGAGUGUACAUUUCUGCCAACAGUGGAGCCAGAAUUGGAAUGGCAGAGGAACUGAAGCAUUUGUUUAGAGUUGCCUGGCAAGAUCCACAAGAUCCUGAGAAGGGCUUCAAAUAUCUCUACCUGCGCCCAGAUGACUUCAAGAAGGUGGCGACUGUCAACUCUGUCAGAGCUGAGCUUAUAGAGGAUGAGGGUGAAUCUCGUUACAGGAUAACAGAUAUUAUUGGUAAAGAAGAUGGAAUCGGUGUAGAGUCCCUGCGAAUGGCUGGCAUGAUCGCCGGUGAGACAUCGCAGGCUUACAAUGAGGUUAUUACAAUCAACUUGGUAUCAUGCAGAGCUAUUGGCAUCGGAGCAUACCUUGUUCGACUGGGCCAGCGUGUGAUACAAGUAGAGAACUCAUUCAUCAUUCUCACAGGUGCCGGAGCCCUCAAUAAGGUGCUUGGGCGAGAAGUUUACACCAGCAACAGUCAGCUCGGAGGCGUGCAGAUUAUGUACAACAACGGCGUGUCUCAUGCAGUCACACCCGAUGACUUUGAAGGGGUUUUCAAAAUUUUGCACUGGUUGUCUUAUAUGCCACUGAAAAAGGGUGGCCCUUUGCCAAUAAUAGAAACGCAGGAUCCUGUAGACAGGCUUGUUGAUUUCUGCCCAACCAAAGCACCAUAUGACCCCCGAUGGAUGCUGGCUGGUAAAAAAGCCGAUGGUGGUAUCUGGCAGUCUGGAUUUUUUGACAAAGGAUCUUUUGAUGAGAUCAUGCGGCCUUGGGCUCAGACUGUGGUUGCUGGACGAGCAAGACUUGGAGGCAUUCCUGUGGGUGUGAUUGCUGUAGAGACCAGGGCAGUAGAGUUGAACAUUCCUGCAGACCCAGCUAAUGCAGACUCAGAAUCAAAGGUGAUCCAGCAAGCAGGACAGGUGUGGUUCCCUGACUCUGCUUACAAAACUGCACAAGCCAUCAAAGAUUUCUCCAGGGAAGAGCUACCCUUGUUUAUGUUUGCCAACUGGAGAGGUUUCUCAGGAGGCAUGAAAGACAUGUAUGACCAGGUGCUGAAGUUUGGCUCCUACAUUGUGGAUGCAAUCAGAGAGUACACACAACCGAUAUUUAUUUACAUCCCUCCAUAUGGUGAGCUGAGAGGAGGGUCCUGGGUGGUGGUGGACCCCCUGAUCAACCCAGACUACAUGGAGAUGUAUGCAGACAGCCUGAGCAGAGGUGGAGUUUUGGAGCCAGAGGGCACAGUUGAAAUCAAGUUCCGUCAAAAAGACAUAGAAAAAUGUAUCAGAAGACUGGACGUGGAGACCAAAAAACUGGUGGAAAAACUGUCCAGUCCUGGCUUGACCCCGGAGGUUAAAGCAGCUCUGGAGAUUGAAUUGAAGGAAAGGGAGGAGAGAUUGAUACCCCUGUAUCAUUCCGUGGCUGUUAUGUUUGCUGACCUUCAUGAUACACCUGGCAGGAUGGAGGAGAAGAAUUGCAUUACGCAAGUGCUCAAGUGGUCCACAUCUCGUGAGUUUUUCUAUUGGAGAUUACGUCGGAGAUUGCUGGAGCACAAGGUCAAGAAACUGAUGCAACAACAUCUGCCUGGCUCUAGCCAGGCUCAGCUAGACUCCAUGUUAAGCCGGUGGUUUGUGGAAGAUCAAGGCACUAUCAAUGCCUAUCAGUAUGAAGAUGACAAGCGAGCCGUGGAGUGGCUGGAGGUACAGAUAAAAGACAGCAGUGAAAAUAAUGCAGUGAUGGAGAAUAUUCGCUGCAUACAAAGAGAUUCCGUCCUCUCACAAAUAAGAAGUUUGAUGGGAAUUAACCCAGAUAUUAUCAUGGACUCCAUCGUCUCUAUGACACAGCACAUGUCCAGCACACAGAGAAACGAAGUCGCCCGCAUUCUGGCCAACCUCAAUGCCCAGGAGGAAGCUCCGUCUGAACCUUAA